AUGUUUUCUUUUCUUUCUUUUUGUGAUUGGAUUCAUCGGGUGAUUCACACCUUUCUGCUCAAAUUCAUUUCAGGGUAUGAUUUCAUUUUCACUUCACUUUCUACGACUACUGAUAUCAUAAUCCCGAAUGAAAUCCUUACAGACAUUCUCUUACGGCUGCCCCUGAAGUCUCUCUUGAAAUGUAAGUCCGUUUCUAAAUCGUGGCAUCAACUAAUCUCUAGCCCUGAUUUCGUGAAGACGCAUCUCAAAUUAAAAACCGAUCAACUAGUACUGUUUCCAGGUAUCAAUGGAAAAUACAAGUUUUGUUCUCUUACUCCCAUCUUUAACAAACAACAACUCGCUCAGGAGCUACUUCUCAUCGAUUCUCCCAAUUUAAAAGUUUUCUUUGUCGGUUCUGUUAAUGGGUUGAUUUGUCUGUGCAAUUAUUCGAGGGAGACAUUUAUAUGGAAUCCCACCAUUAAAAAGUCAAAAAAAGUACUUUAUCCCAAAUUGGGCACGUCUUUCUAUAACAAAUAUGGUUUUGGAUACGAUGAGUCUAGUGAUGAUUAUAAAGCUGUAUUUGUGGACUAUUAUCGUAAUUCGUACAAUGAUAAUGUGUCCAAAAUGAAGACUGUGAUCAGCAUUUACAGUUUGAGGGCUGAUUCUUGGACAACACUCUAUGACAAGCUUCAGGGCGUCUUUCUACUAAAUCAUUCGGGUAAAUUUGUUAAAGGAAAGAUUUAUUGGGCUGCAUCUACUCGUAUUGGUAAUUAUGAUGUGUACAACAUCAUUUCUUUUGAUGUAGCUGAUGAGAUAUGGGGAAGCUUGGAGCUUCCCGGUUGUGGAGAAGUUAAUUCUAAAUUCAAACUCGGAGUUGUGGGAAGUGACCUUUCUGUGAUGUAUACAUGUUAUCUAGGUACCGCGACUUCUGAUGUCUGGAUUUGGAAAGAUUGCAGUGUAUCAUGGAUGAAACUGUUCACUAUAGAAUAUCCUCGAAAUACGGUGCUAAUUAUGUUUUCUUCACUAAAUUUUACAUUUUCUAUACACCUUAGCAAGUCAGAAAAGGGUGACAUUUUACUUUCGCUUCCGGGAUUAAUCAUGAUAUUUAAUGGUUCAACUAAAAUACUAGAGCACACUGUUGAUGUUGAGGGAUGCAAUCCUGCAGAAAGCUACACAGAAAGCAUUGUUAAUCCCCUAAUUAUAUCCGGAAGUGGAAGCCAACGUUGA